GUCGACGCCCGAUGGGAUACCGAUACCGGUACGGUGGGGUAGGCAUCAUGCUUGUGCGGGGAAUUUUUUUCUUCUUCUUUAUCCGGGGGAUCCGCCGGGAGAUUCAUUCCGCUAUCAUAAUAUUAUCAUGUACUCGAGUUCUUGUACUUGUAUACGGGAAAGGAUCCUCCCCCUCUCGUUUCGAUACAGUACUAGUACUCGUACAAGUACUCGUACAGUACCGUAGCACGGUAAUUAAUCCUAAGCGUGACAUCUCUUCCCGCCCAAGUUUAACUUAUCGGUAGGGUCAGUCUAGCCGCCAAAGGGCAGACCUCGGGGGCGCUUCCCGCUUUUACAGUUGCUUUUUAAAAGACCACAGUAUCAUACUCCGUUUCAAACAGCUCUGUCGACAUCCGCCUACCCCACCCUCUUGCCCCACCUUACCAGGAAUCCGAUUCCUUCUACAGGCCUAUCUCAAGACCUCAAAUCGCGCACACCAUGUCGGAAUCGAUCUACGCCCAAGCGGCCGAAUCGGCGAAUUAUAUCCGUAACCUGCUCCCGGAGGGAUUGAAGAACCCUGGCGUGGGCAUCGUUUGCGGAACCGGGCUCGGAGGGUUGACAGAGAGGCUGGACCAGGAGUUGCUGUUCGAGCUUUCGUACAAGGACAUUCCGCAUUUCCCGCAAUCUACCGGUUUGUUUUGUCUCCCGUGGAGCUUUCGUACAGUGCUGAUCGGGAGAGGGGGUGGUUGGCUUAAGUUGUCGGUCAUGCCGGCAAGUUUGUGUUUGGGUUUUUGGGUGAGAAGAGGACUUCCGUCGCCGUUAUGUCGGGGAGGGUACAGUAUGGGUUUCCCGCUUCCUUUGUUUGUUGGGAAUUUCGGAGGGGGUUAAUUAGGCCUUUUGAUGGGGCGUAGCUACUAUGAGGGCCACUCUAUACAAAAGGUCACCUUUCCUAUGAGGGUUAUGAAGUUGCUUGGGAUUCAUACCGCUAUCGUUACGAAUGCUGCUGGGGGGCUUAACGAUGAGUUUUCCGUGGGGGAUAUUGUGGUUCUGAACGACGUAUGGUGUUCUCGUAUUCCUUGUGUAGGCGAUACUCAUGCUUGCUUGUUUAGCAUAUCAACUUCCCCGGGCUCGCUGGUGAAAACCCCCUCCGGGGACCCAACCAGGAGGAAUUUGGCACUAGGUUUCCUGGAUUGUCUGAAGCCUAUGACCUGCCGCUGCGCAAACAGAUCCACCUUAGUUACAAGAAGCUUCAAUUAACAUCUGAAAAACGAAGGCUUCAUGAAGGGAUCUAUGUAUUCGUUUCGGGCCCGAGGUAAAAAUCCCCGCACUCCUGCUGCCUGUGUUUGCGUUUCGGCGGUUGACAGGAUUAGUUUCGAGACUCGCGCCGAAUGCCGCCUUUUACGGGCUCUCGGAGCAGAUGUUGUGGGAAUGUCUACUGUUCCCGAGAUUAUCGUUGCGAGGCAUUGCGGGAUAAGGGUUCUGGCCAUGAGUCUUGUUACAAAUAUUUCUGUUCUCGAGCCUGGCCCAGGGGGGGACUCUCCGAUCGUUGAGGAAAUGGAUGAGGAAGGCUUGAGGGAUUUUUUGGCGGCUGGGGUAGCCAAUCAUAAUGAGGUUCUCGAGGCAGGAGCUACGGCGGCGAAAGACUUGCAGGAGCUCGUAAGGCAAUUUGUUGACGAUAUUGCUUUGUAG